UUUUGUUCUUGUGGUUACGUCAUCAUUGUUUACAUCACGCAGCUGGUCGAUGGCGAUCGUUGUCUUUCUUUGUUCCAAGAGGUUUGAAAUAAGACAUUUCAGCACUCUUCAAACGUUACCAUACGGUAGAUCGGGAUGAUUUAAAACGAAUUAGAGCUACAUUUUCAAUUUCUGUUCUAAGGGUCGUCAUGUUUAAUCUCACCAGCCGUUUAGUUCAAGCGAAGGAGGCCAGUAAUCCGGCCUCUCAUCACGAGGAUGAAACGGUGAAAGCCGGAAGACAAGCAGAAGAAAGUCUAAUCAAAGACCUUGUCCAUAAAGCCGGAGUGCCGUCCUCAUGCAUCUACCAAGGUCUGAGAGUUCCCGAUACAUUCCAGACGAGACGAUAUGAAAUAGAUGUUGUCAUAUUGACAGAGUAUGGAAUCUACUGCAUUGAGGUCAAAAACUGGUCUGGGAAGAUAUCAUUGAGCAAAAGCGGCAAAUCAUGGGUCCGACAAAAAAACAUCAAAGACUCUAACACUCAGUCAAGCGUAACCUACGAUGAAUCACACACUAAUAUCCUCCAAGAACUCAAAUCUAAGACUCAGUUAAUCAGGAACCAUCUGCUGAGGAAUGAAGCCUGUCUGGCAGAGAAAUUCUUCUUCUCCAGGGUAGUUUUGAUGAAUCCCAAAUCGGAGUUGGAUAAUUCGUUGUGGAAAGAGAAUGAGAUCGUGACCCCAGAUAGGUACCCGUUGUUCCUGGAUUCGCUGAAGUCGAGCUACUCAGGCAAGGUGGCCGGGUCUAUUGUCCCUUCUUUUAUCACAGGUCAGUUAUCAUACAGUGCUAUGGAAUCGGCCAGGCAUGCGUUAAAUCAAAUAGGAACUUGGGACAUAGUGCAUUUACAUGGUGGAAAACAAAUAAUCGGUGACUACAAGGGAAAUAAAGACCUCAUUCUGAAUAGGAAGACAGCAUCUCGGAUGGAGUUCAAACAUCAGCGUAGCUCUGUCCUUGGAUCUCUUUGGGCAGUCUUGGGAUUUACACCGCAGGUGGUAGUGACAAUCUAUAAGCGUGGAGGAGAAGGAUGGUUAUGGAAUGCCACUUGUGCCCAGGUCAGUGUGUCGUACGAUGCUGAAAUCUCAUUUCGAGCCGCUGGAGCAGAGGUCGACGCCAAGAUACAGGCCAAUGACAUUGAAAGCAUCACCUUGAGCACGUAGCUACUUUCUGGUGAUGAGGUUGGUUUUACAUGUCAAUCCAAUGACAUUCAUUAUGAGUACAUGUAUGCACCUACACCAUGGUGAAAAGGUCGGCUACUAAAUGCAACCUGAUGACUAUGAGAGUAACAUCUGGAAUCUGAAGUGCAUAGCUGUAUCUUCAUGAUGAUGGUUCUACAUUGAUCGAAGUAUCUGGAGCUCUUUCUACUAGCUACAUCCUAGCAAAGAGGUGAAAUUUCAACCCAAGAAUUUGAAACUAUCAUUUUGAGCACAUGCACAUUCAUCCGGUAACGAGGUUGCUUCUACAAUGUGAAAUACAACCCAUAUGACGUUGAAAAUAUGAUUUCAAGCACACAGCGCAGCUGCAUCAUGGGGACGAGGUUGAUUCUGAAAUACAGUUCUACAGGGAAUAAUUUGGGUUUACAGAUUCAUGAAUAGCAUUUUUUAGUCAUAAAAGAAAAGCUCUCAACUUACAUGUAGUAAUAUGCUAUACAAAAGGCUUUAUGCGUAGCAGUCUUUCAAAAUGUAGAGCGAAUUGCGAUGCUUUACCAGGAAAAUUAUUACCUGGUUCUAUGAAGUACACACAUUUUUUGGCAUGUACAUGUAAAUGUGCACCAGCUAUUGAGAUACUAGUCAUAUAUAUGAAAUACAUCAACCUACAUGUACAAGUAGCUAGCUGCUUGACCCUGGAGAAGAGGUUGGUGAUAAGAUACCAGUGGCAUUGAAUGUGUGUCAUCUUGAGCACACAUGUUGCUGCUUCUGGUGGAACAGUUAGUUUUCAAAUACGUGUUUUGUACUAGUCAUCUCAAAAUUGGAAGUAUCGUCUUGGCCGGCACGCAACUGCAUUUUCUGGAAGAGAAUGGUCAUAGUAAAAAUCCAAGAUAGGCCUACCAACAUUGAAAGAUCUUUGUCCCAAGUUUUUUGUGCUAGAUGAAAGUUUGCUAUCAUUAUACAACUGAUGCUAAAUUGAUUAAAAAAUCAAUAUCAUAUAUUAAUUCUAAAUGAACAUACAUAUAUGACCAUAUGGUUUCAAUGUUAUGUAACCAGAAUUGUUGCAGAAAAAUUUCACUUGCAUUAUUUGGAUACCGUUACACACUUAUAAUAAAUACCUUUCAAACACUUUCUCUACUAAAUUUUAAACUUUAUUUUAUACAUGACCUACUAAAUGCUGCCAAAAAUGUAUAUUAUAUUUACACAAUACUGAUAUUGAAACCUUCAUUAGUCCUCUUUCAUACAUGUACAUGUCGUUAUAAAUGAAUUGUAAUAAUCUUGUGCUAUAUAGUCUGACCUCGUGUAGAUCUUUGGUACGAUUUUCAUGUUUUUUAUCUUGAAUACAUACAAAAUGGUGCCAUUAUUUGUAUUCCAGAAUUAGAUAUUAGUGACCAACUGAAAUAGAUACUAACUGCACUCAAUAUUUGUAUUUUUAGAAAAAAAUUCUGAUUAUUUUUUUAUUAUCUUAUUUCAUUAUUCAUAUAUCUCUCUUCUCACAUGUAAUAUAUUUCCUCUCUCUUUUCCUGUUAAUAUGUUUCCUCAUUAAGAUAAAUGUCAAUGAUGUUUAAAAUGAUUGGUCAUUCCAAAUAUGCACACAUGCACAACAUUUCACUAUUUCUACCUACAUAUAUUUGUAUAUGUUUAUAUCUAAACGAAUUCAAUUUUUUGUGUCACGAGAUAUUUUUGUAAAAAAAAAUUGUAAAUAUAUAUAUAUAUACACAAUUAAAAUACAAGUAAAAUCAAAUUUUAAUGUGAUGACGUUUGUACACAGGUAAUUACAUGUUAUACAUUCUGGUCAUACUUCAUCAUUUAUGCAUUAAUUAGAGAGACUGCUAAUUUGUGGGAGAAAUUUACUAUUAAUAUUGGUCUUGAGUGAUCUAAGCUUAUGUACCGAGUUGAGUAAUGAUUGUACUGUACACUGUACAUGUAUGGUUUGAUUAGAAAUUUCAUACAUUUUGCUGUAUUGGGGUGCAAUAAACAUACUGUAUGUUACGGAGCUCCUGAUAUUGUGACUGUAUUAACCUACCAAACAGUCUUAAAUAACUAAUCAAAAGCUUUUGAAUUGAACCUUUAAAAGUAAUGAACAAGAAUUUGAUAAAAACAAUAAUAAUGGAGUCUUUCUUUAAUAUUUCCUCAGGCAUUUUAUUCCAAAGGUUUGGAGUCGCACAACUAAAAGCACAAUUGCCCCAGAUAACUUUGUCGUAACGUAUGAAUUUUGUUCCAAUCUGCAGUCUGCAGAUGUCAUAUUCCAUGGCUUGUCAUUGGUUUAAUUUAAGAGUUAGCUUACCCCCCACACACACAAACAAACAUACAGUUGAAAUGCCAUAGUAUUGUUCAUACUGUUAAAGAUAUCCUGUUUUUAUCAGGGGCAAGUUGUCUUAGAAAUAUGAGUUGUAAAAAAAUUAUGUAAAAUAUGCAGGUUGAAAGUUAAGUACUGAAGUAAAAGUCUAUAUGUGUUCAAUCAAAUAUUUGAUUACAUGUACCUUGCUUCAGAAUUAAGGAAUUGUUUCAUUUCAACUUAACCCAAAUAUAUAACCAAAAAUAAACUUUUUGAGGCAAUCUAAUUUUUUAAGGGAAUGUAUUUAUUUAAUAUCGGAAUACAAAAUGCAGUUAGAAUGACUUUGAGUUAAUAUUAAGUAUUGCUAAUAUUGCUGACAUAUAUAAAGUGCAAAGAUAUUUAAUCAAAAUGCCGAUUCAACAUUUUAAU